AUGGAGUCCAUGCAACACCUCUACUCUGGCAAGUUUGUGUACCCGCUCUCGGACUUCCCCUCGGACGUACAGGACUGCCUGCAGCACCCGGACAAGUACAACAUCCCAGAGGUGUCGCCGCUGCGCACGUGCGUGAAGCUGUCGCCAAACGAGGCUGGCCACGGCAUGGAGGUGGAGCUGCUGGAGAAGGUCUCCCUCGACGACAUCAAGGACGAGUUCUUCGCCACCGUCCGCAUCCCGCAGAUCUGCAAAGAGAACGACAUUGACCCCAACCUGGCGAUGAACUUUGCUGCGGACGUGGAGCGGGAGAACGCAGAGAGCAUCACGGAGCACCGCUACAAGAACUUCCUCUACUUUGGGCAGGUCAACAUCCACGAGCAACCGCACGGGUUUGGCAUGGCCUUCUUCGACGACGGCUCCCGCUACAUUGGCGUGUGGCUGCGCGGGUCGUACUACGGCUAUGGAAUCUUCAUUUCGGGCGAUCCUGCGCUGCCGUUUGAAUAUCGCGGCCAGUUUCUCGGCGGACGCAUCAACGGCUGCGGCAUGCUGCGCCUGAAGCGCACCAACCGCGAGAUUACGGACCGCCUCACCCAGCGCGAGCUUGACAGCGCCUACGUCGGCGAAUUUGACAACGGCAAGUUCCUGCGAAUGGUGAAUGCAGUACAGAAGGGCCUGCUUGCGGAGCGCCAGGCCACGAAGCGGGCGGCGCACAUCAUUUCAUCAUGCGAGAAGGCGCGUGGCCUCCGCAACCGCGACGCGUCCAAGUCAUACCGUGCACGUGGAGCACUCGCUGUCGGCGGCUACCAGAAGGACUGGCUGGCAACCCACUUCUCCUUCCGCAGCCGCGCGCUGCCCUUUCUCACGUCGCGGUCGGGCGAGGGCGCGCUCACCCUCCAGCGCAACAACAUCCUCCCCUUGCUGCAGCGUGCGGCGUGCGCGUGCCACCUGGCCGAGGUGCACCCCGACGAGCGGCGCGCCCUGCUCACGGACGUGUACCAAGGGUACUUUAGCCACCCGGAGGUGCAGCCCACGCAGAGCGGGUCUGACGGCCACUCGCAGCUCGUGUUCAUUCACGAGUCGUUCCAGACGGGCGCGCGCCGCCGCUUCAUUGUGUUCUCGCCCCUGGUGACAGAGGAGCUGAACAACGAGCCGCGCAGCGCGUACUUCCAGAACCUGCUCAGCCUCGUCCCCAUGGACUACAUCCAGCACUGGCUGCGCCGCGGCACGCAGGUCAUUGUCGCCGGCCACUCCAUUGGCGGCAUGCUCGCCGUCAUGCUGUGCGCGCAGGUGAUGGGUGCGCCCAACCUGGACCUGGAGAUGCUGCGCAAGUCCCUGUUCUGCAUCACGCUGGGCGCGCCCCUGUUGCCCGACACGUACAUGCUCGCCGGGCAGCUGCAGCGCCACGCACAGGACGUGUGGAAGGAGUGGUGCAAGACCAACCGCCACUUUGUGCUCAUCAAGGAGGACCCCGUGCCAGCGCUCGGCGUGUUCCUGCGCAAGAAGGAGUGGCCCAAGACGUACCUGAGCCUGCGCGAUGCCGGCAUGCUGUCGUCCCGCGACCAGUGCCGCGCGUCUGUCAGCCUUGGUGGGCUGCAGCUGGGCACCAACGUGCUCAACGUGCUCAAGAAGGAGGCCAUUGAUGGCAUUCCUUGGAUUCUGGAAAACAAGUUUGCCAAGAAUGUCGGCUGGAAGCAGGUGUUCACCUUCGUCAAGGACGUUGCUGAGAUGAAGCUGCUUGAUAUCCAGGCCAACUGCACCAACCACGCCAUCAACAUCUACGUCAGCCAAAUCAUCAUCGCCCUCGAGUCGCUCAAAACCAAACGCCGGCAGGAUGCACCGCAAGCGCUGGCGCUGGAAGAGUCGGGGGAAACAGAUGUGGACGCGGAUCUCGACAUGAACACGGACAUCACCGACGUGUGGGUGGAGGUGUCUGAGAACGGCACGACGCACUUCUGCCUCGGUGGGCGGGAGCUUCGCCUGCUGAGCGACGUGCACGUGCUGCCUUUCUCGGACACCACGUCGCUGCAGCUUGGCACCAUGGACGACCUGCCGGAAGGGUCUGUGCUCAUCUGGUCGCGCGAUGAUCGCCAGUCGCAGGGCGAGGCCCAGUGGGAGCAGGUGUCCGUCACAGACACGCAGGUCGACUUUACGGUGAAGCUCAAUCGCUCGCGCGUGCUGACGCUUCUCAACCUGAGCGAGGCGCUGGUGACGCCGCGCCACAUCAAGGGCAGCAUUGGCCGCGGUAUGCCGCGCAGCAAGGUGGCAGGCCUCACCCUCUACGCCCGCUCCCUGCUCGCGGGGCAGGUGAUUCCCGUGUCCAUGGAGAACAUCACGCUGCCCACGUCCAGCUCGCACAUGCGCAGCUACCUCUCCAGCCACAGCUCGUCACGCGACCUGGCCAGCAUGGCCUAUUUGAAGGCCGUCCUCUUGCGUCAGGCGGCCAUGCGGCUGGCGCAGAAGCAGGGCGUGUCGCAGGAAGACUUUGCCAAGGUGCUUGCAGGCAACACGGACGCGGUGGAACACGAAGACAAGAAGGCAAUUGACUGCAUGGCGUCGUUCCUCACUGCCAGCGAGGAAAUGUGCGGGGAGCUAGACCAAGCGUGCUGCUUCCUUGAUCUCUCUGCCCUCCUCCUCGCUUGGCACCGCAUCAACCGCGAAGAUGCCGAAGUGGAUGACCGAACAAAGUCUGUGAUGCGCAAUACCCUCCGCGCCAUCAUCCUCAGCUAUUUUAAUUUGGGUAGUUACGCUUCGGAGGAGCAGGCUGGCGGCCUCGGCGCCUACCGCUACAAGCUGCCGUCGAAGAGUCUGCCUGAGGAUCUGCUGCAGCCGCUCGGAGACCUGCUGUCGGACGUGGACCAGGUCAACCUUCCCUCAAAGACGUGCCAGUGGGACGGCUUUCUUCCAGACUACUCCAGCCUUAUCUCAGAUAUGCCGCCCAAGUUCCGGGACGCCAUCUCCAACCUGUCGUUCACGUCAGCGCUGCACAGUCAGUCGGACAACCUGGAGCAAGCGCUCGACCCCUCAAGUCUUCAGCAGACGCAGCUCCUCCUGCGCGCAGAGAGCGCAAUCGAACUCUUCCACAUCUUCUUUGAUGGAGACUUCCCCUUCCAUUCCCGGCGCACGGUUGACCGGUUCUGGGCGUCACUCACGUCUCUUCCGUCCAGCAUCGUCUUCUCUGUGGCCUCGGCUGUUGUUCGCCCGUUUGUUGUUGACGACAACCCGCAGCGCAAGAACCUCAACCACAAGACCGCCUACCUCCGCAGGCACCGCCAAUACCAACAAGCCACCAUCACGGGGUUCAAUAUGAAGCUUGCGCUGCUUGCGCGUCUUCUUCCCAAGGGCAGCUCAGACUUCAGCUGUCUCAGCGUCAUCGAAGAAGCCAUCAUCAACACUUUUGUCAAGAUUGACAGCGUGCAAGCGCUGCGGACGCGGCUGCAGCGGCACGAGCAGGCUGAUUCGCAGGGGCUGGACCCGCGCCUGCAGGAGUUUAUGAAGAACAUGGCAGCCAUGGGCGUCUCCUCACAGGACAACCCGCACGCGUUUGAGACCAUCUGUCGCUGGAUCUACUCGGUGGUGAAGGUGCGACAGCCGCUGUUUGAGCGUCUGCUUGAGCAGCCCAUCAUUGGCGUGUACGGUGCACAGGGGGCAGGCAAGUCGCUGAUGCUGAACCAGCUUGGCUUUGACACCAAGUCUGCGUUUGGUGACGGCAAUACCAAGGCCUUUGACGUGCACCCGGUUGGCUCCACGGGCGUGCUGAUUGCGGAUUCGUUUGGCUUCAACGAAGCGGUUGGGGACGACAGCGCAACAGAUGCCUCGUGCUCUGAAGAGUUUUUGCGUGCGAAGGACGCGUUUGGGACCGCAUUCCUUGGGCAACUGCGAUACGUCAUCUACGUCUCCUCCAGCUCCUCCCAGCGCGGAUACAACAAGGAGGAGGACGAGUCGCUGCUGAAGCUGCGCAACGUGCCGUGCCACGUGCUCUACCUCAUCACCAAGUUUGACAGCUUCCUCAAGCGCUUUGACGACGACGAUACUGAGGUCGCCCACCAGGAGGCGAAACGGAUCCUUGCUGAGCGGCGGGAGCAGAAUGCGCGCGCGUUGCCGGGCAAGUCUGUUGAGACGCGCUUCUACAGCAACAUCACGCCACGCGGGUAUGAGCAGGCGAUGGACGACGCAUACGAGAAGCUUGGCGGCGACUUUUGGCGACCAGCAGACCUCAAGGCGCACAUGCGCAAGGUGCUGGUGCUGAACUGCGACGUCGACCCCGUGGACGCUGCGGAGGCGUUGGCGCUGGAGAUUGACAAGGAGCAGGACGCCAUUGCCAUGCCGCCAGCUACCAUGCCCCUCUACUCCUGA